ACUGGCCGAGCCGGCACCGGCGAAAUUACCAGCAGACUAGUGUUCAGUCGCGAGCCAGAACACGGGCCACUGCUUGCCCAUCGCUCACGCCGUGCUCGCGUAUUUUAUUUCAAAAUUGUUUUAGAAAUAUUUAAUAAUAAUAUUACCAUAAUUGUUGUUACACGUUCAAUACCCGUGUGUAUUUUAAACUGAUAAUUUAUAGUGUAAUAUAUUUAUUUUUUAUCGCCUGUCGAGUAGUGAAUACCGUUGACGAUUGUUUACAUCCCAUCGCAUUUUGGUGUCGUUUUUCGCUUUUGGUUAUAUUUUUGCUAUCGACAAAAAUGACUCACACGCAUAUGAUUUGAUAAAAUUCAUGAUAAUAAUUGGUAUACACAUUCGGUAGACGACACACUGCCGCCGUUACGUCAUACGUGACGACAAAAAUAAUUGUAUAAAUUAGCAAAACUUUUAAGGAAUCCCUUCAAUCUCUGCCAACAUGGACGUAUUACCGAGUGGGAACAUAUUCAGAGAGUUGCAGGACAUACACGAUACUGGCUACUUUUCUGCUCACGUAUCAUUAGAGGAUCAUUGGCAACAGACUUGUUACGAGAUGGAACGUUACCUGAAAGAAGAACCAAUGGUUUCAUCACCAACGCGAUCAGAAUCACCAUGGUUAACAACUUGGUCAACAAGAGUUGAAGUUGAAGUGGGCUUGGAUUGUGCUAGUAGUAUGACUUCUAGCAGUAGUUCACCAUCGACGUGUUGGUCAGGAUUCGCAACACCUCCUCCUAGUCCCCCGGACGAAACGGAAUUACCUCCACCGCCUCCUGCAAUACCUAUAAAGUCUGCGUCUUCAUCGUCACCAUCGUCUUCAUUGUCAUCUACUCUAUCGGUUUCUUCUUCAAAUUCGGUCAGUUCCGUGCAGACCUUUUCAUCUACUGCCGGUAACACUACAACUAGUGGGACAACUUCUACUGGUACCACCACUGCCGGUCUUCUUAAAGUGACUGUUGCUCCGGCCACUUUAAGCAACACCCGGACAGCCGUUAAUGUGACGGCAUCCGAUCCUCCUGUACCAGUAGUGUCAAUUGCAGCAUACCAUCCUCGGCUACAUUUAUCCCCAGAUGCAUCUAAAAAGAUACAUAAAUGCAAAUACCCCGGCUGUGAAAAAGUUUAUACAAAAAGUUCGCAUUUGAAAGCACAUCUCAGAACGCACACUGGCGAAAAACCGUAUAAAUGCGAAUGGGUCGGUUGCGGCUGGAGCUUUGCCCGGUCGGACGAGCUGACCCGCCAUUACCGCAAGCACACUGGCGCCAAACCGUUCAAAUGCCGCCACUGCGAGCGGUGUUUCUCCAGAUCCGACCAUUUGGCUCUGCACAAGAAACGGCACUUUACUUAAAUAAGCGCCUACACGCACACACGCCCAAAAACACAUUCGCAUACAUAGAUGCAAUCGCAUUAAAUUCCAUCGAUGCCGUAUGGUGUAUCAGAAUACACACACCGAUUCAGCACGAACAGACCUUAGCCAGUUUAUUAUUUUCAAAGUUUAAAUAAAUGUUCGUAAAACUUUUAAAAGCUUCACCGCCGUCGCCAUGGUCAGAACUAACGGAUAACUUCGGAUCUUACUGAAAAAAGCGAGGUGUUUUUUUUUUUUAUUAUUAUUAAAUAAAAACUAUAAAUUAUUAUAUAUAAUUAUUAUGUAUAUUAAGUUUAUACUUAUUUUGUUACCAGUAACGCGCUUUCGAGGCUCGUACACUUUUUAUGAUGUAUGUACAUUAUAAUUGAUUACAUACAAUACCAAAGUAAUAAACUUUAUAUUAUUAAAUUUAAAUAUAAUGUAAUUAUUAUUGAAAAUUUACAAAAACAUUUUUAUCAUCGUUUGUACAUAGUAAUAUAAUUGCCGCAGUUUCUUAUAAUCUAAUUUAUUAUUAAAUGAUAUGAAUUUCGAUGAUUCAAAUUACUAUUAUAAUAACCUAAGUAUAAUUUUAGUCAUAAGCCAAUGUAAUAAAACAAAUAGACUCCGGAGCCUAAUGAUCAAAAUCGUUAAUAAACAAUAUUGUUGUUUUUAAUAUUUAUUAAUAUAUUCCAGGUGUGUGUGAACACGUUUUAUUAUUACUAUCAUAAUUAUUAAUAAUAUUAAAAUAAAGAAAACGAUUAAAAUUUAUGUAAUUAUAUUGUGGGUUGGGUUCUUAGUACAAGAUUUUGUAUGAGUUCACAUACAAUGUUUUUUGUAUUAUAUGUAGUAAGUUUUGUAAAUAAUAAAUCAUUCUAGUUGUAAUUCUUUAUUGUAUUAGACGAAUAUACUGUAUUUAAAAAUUCGUGCAUUCAUAGAACUGAUGUAUUAGAUCCGUUUGCAAUUAAAUGUUCGUCCAGCCGCAGUAGAACGUACUGCCUUCUAUCAAAAUCGGCGGUCUGCAUUUUUCGCUUUUCCUCUUAUUUUUUUAGGAAAAACUUUCCUAUACAGUGCUUUUAUUACAACUAUUAUUUUUUGUUUUGAUAGCAUUAUUAUUUUUUAAAUCGUUGAUGAUAUUGGUUUUUUGGACUAUUAAAUUUUUAUCCAUAUUACUUCAUAAUAUGCGCAUUUUCUCGUCUCGGCUUUCAAUUAAUUACCAAUGUUUAACAACCUAAUAAGCUUCAUAGUAAAUCUCUUAUGCGUAAGCAAAAGGCACUGCCAUUAAACAAACUACCAAGUAAAUAUAAAAAUAUCGAAUUAUGAUCAACUAGCAGUACAUUUUUAAAAAUUAAUGAUAUUAAUUAUAUCAAAUUAAAUACAACUAAAUAUAGUGUAUGUAAUAUUUAACUUUGUACCUACAUUUUUACUCUACAAAACGGGGCCAGUAAUAAAAUUAUGCGUAACUUGUUAUUUUUAAUGUAUUCUACUUAUUUAUUUCAAAUUUUAUUUAUUUAUUUAUUUUGUUGCAAAGUUAAUAUUUUAUUUUAUCCAUUUAUGGGUUUGAUAUUAUUUAAUAUUUACUAAAUAUUAUAUUUAUUUUAUUUUAUCAUUGAUAUAGUAUUGUUAUAGAUUAUUAAAUACAAUUAUCUACCAUUAUUUUUAUCAUUAUUAUUAUUAUCAUCAUUAUUAUUGUUUAAUGCUUAUAGAUAUUGCACCAUAGACCCCAUAAUUGUUGCCAGUUUUAUUAUAAAUUUAAAAAAAAACACCUGAAAAGUGUUUUUUUUUUUAAAUUAUUAUUUUUGUUAUUGUUAUUAGAAUAUUGUGUGUUUUACUGCUAUUUUAGAAUAAUAACUAGUACUAAAUGGUAUUUAGUUUAAUUAGAUACUUUAUUUUGAUUUGUUCAAAAACUAUGCGGUUAGUAAUUCGUAGAGUUAUCUUAUGCUGUUCCCCGAAUUUAAAUUAUUUUUAUAAAAUUACAUAUUUAUAAUUUUAUAUAAUUAAUGAAUUAAACAUUUUUUUGUUAGAUAAUUAUUACUACUACUAAAAAUUAAUUGUUGUGCAGUAAAAUAAAUAAAUGUAAUUUAGCUAUUAUUAAUGUUGAUUUUGGAAAAUAAAUUGUUUAUAUUAGUCAAACAUGAAAUUAAAAACAAAAAUUAAGAUAAAAUAUCAAAUUAAUUAUAAAUUAAGCAGACUUUUUGUGAUGAAGCUUUCUAAACGAAAAACUGUAAAUAAAAAUAUUUAAAAUUCUUUAACGACUGGAAUUUAUAAUUACUAUAAACUAUUUAACAAUUUUGCUUACAUACCACAUAAUUUAACCAUGUGUUUAACUUUCAUUAUCUUAUAUUUAUUUUACCAAUUAUUUGAAAUGAUAUGAUGUGAUUGUAACUUACUGUAUAAUUCAACAACCGGCAGUACUUGUUUUAAUGAUUUUAUAAUCGAGUAAAAUGUUUACUGUAAAUGUUUUAAAUUUCGAGUUUAUUUAUUUUCCUAUUUUAUUUGAAUUCUUUAAAAUUUCGUACAAAGUAAGAGUAUUAUUAGUAUUUUAAGAAUAUUGUUUUCAACAAAGCUACAUUCAAUAUUUAUGAACAAUGUAUUAUAACGUUUAUUAUUUGGUUUUGAUAUGACGACGGUUAACAAUGUAUUGUUCUUCGUCAGAUGAAAUAUCUGUAAACAUGUAUUAUAAUAAUUAUACAUAUAGCAUUAUCAUUAUUUCAUUGAAAAUUUUCCCGGCUUAAACUUUGUAAAUUUUAAGACUUAAUUAUUACUACGACGGCGAUAAAACAUUGUUAUCGAUCGUCAUCUUUAAAAUAAAAAAAUAAAAUAUUGAACUAAAAAAAAAUUGUUUU